AUGUCGCAAGCUUCAAUCGAUGUCGAUCCAGACUUCUAUACGAUGGAAAAGACGUAUGGGGAUGAUGAUUGGAAGUCUGAUACCACUUCUCUCGCCUCUGAGAUUGCCAGAGGUCGCGUGGAAAAUGGCAGAAGAUACCAAUCUUUGAAGCCGGGAGACUACUGGUCACCAUCCGAUGACCUGCAAUUUGAAGCCUAUGAGACCGGUCACAUUAUUUACCUUCUGCUGGACUACAAUCAGCGAAACCCACUCCACCGCGCUCCUAUUGAAUCGCCAAAACACGUUCUUGAUGUCGGAACUGGAAAAGGAAGCUGGGCAAUCGACAUGGCCGACAUGUACCCUGAAGCAACCGUCCGUGGCGUAGACCUGUACCCACCUCCUCAUACCUGGAUCCCCCCAAACUGCGUCUUCGAGGUAGACGACCUUCUCCAACCAUGGACAUGGAACGAGAAGUUCGAUCUCAUCUAUUUGCGUCACAUGCUAGGCUCAUUCCGUCGUGAAGAAUGGGCUAAAUUGUAUGACAAUUGCUACGAAAACCUCGAACCGGGCGGCUGGAUCGAACAAUUCGAAUUCAAUAUCAGAGUUUAUAGCGAUGACAACUCUGUGCCAGAAGACAGUAUUCUAGGCCAGUGGGGCGAUAUCUGGUUCCCUUGCUCUGAACGAGCUGGUCGCCCCUUCGGAAUCGAGGAAACCAUGCGAGCUAGCUUGGAAAAAGCUGGCUUUGUUGAUAUUCAGGAGAAGGUAUAUAAGGUUCCUCUUGGUCCAUGGCCUAGGGAUCCGGUUCUGAAGGAACUCGGCUUGCUUCAUACUCACCACUGGUCGACUGGUCUAGAGGGGUAUUGUAUGUUGUUGCUCACUAAGUUUGGAGCACCUACCCCGUGGAAAUCGGAGGAAGUACAAGUGUUUUUAGCUAAGACGCGGGCGGAAUUGAAGGAUCCUAAGAUCCAUGGGUAUCAAUUUGGGCGGCGAAUUUGGGCUAGGAAGCCUACAGAGAAAGAGAUAAAGAAGGAAAGCAGUGAUCCACCAAUUAAAUUGGAGCCGUCAACUUGA